CGAACUGCUUCUAAAAGUUUAUGUCGAAACGUAUAGAAGUCUCGUGUAGAUAAUUAUAUUCUAAUAAAUAAAGUGUAUUGAACAAAUAUUCCAUAAUAAAUAUGACAAGUUUGUGAAACCUUCAGAAUAAAGAAACUGAACAAAAUAAAACCAUAACUUGUAUGAGAAAUGAUCAAGAAAAGUUUUGUGUCUGUGAAAAUACUUGUUGAACAAGUUUUUAAUUAACUUUUCAGACAAACUCUUUUUUGUUGAGAAUGAACAGAGAAGAUAAUGUUAACUGGUUUCAUGGGAAAAUAUCGCGGGACACGGCUGAGAAGCUCUUAAAAGAAGAAGGAGAGGAUGGUGUGUUUUUAGUGCGUGAAAGUAACACUUCCCCUGGAGAUUAUGUCCUCUCAGUUUUACAUCAGGGGGAAGUUGUGCAUUAUCAAAUCCGGAGACAUGGCGAAGACGCCUUCUUUUCGAUUGAAGAGCACACAACAGUUCAUGGACUGGACACACUCAUACAACAUUACCGGGAGACUCCAACGGACUGGUUACCAGACUAUCUGUGGUCUGCAAGGGACAGCCACCACCUCAUGAGUCUCGCACACAAGGAACUACCAAUCUAUUACACAGUUCAAGUGUGGAUUAGAGCCACAGAGGCCGGUGAUUUCAACGUAGUAUCUCAAUUACUAGCGUGUGGUUACCGCAACCGCGACGCUAAGAACCAGGAUGGCCAGACAGCGGUUCACAUCGCCGCUAGGUCUGGCAGAGACAGUAUACUUGCCAAGCUGAUAGAAAGUGGGGCCACUGUUAAUGUUAGAGACUCAUUUGGAUACACGCCUUUACAUUAUACAUGCCAGAACAACUUGCCAAGUACGACAGAGCUGUUGAUAACUAAAGGCAAUGCUAACUACCAGAUGAGACACGCGCCCACCGGAAAAGUGCCUCUACACGACGCUGCGCAGAGAGGACACAUUGAAUGCAUCAAGGUUCUACUGAAACUCAAAGCCCCAGCGCACGCCCGAACUUUGGCGCACGACACACCAGCUGACCUGGCCAAACAUUAUGGACAUACAGAAUGCUAUCAAUUACUGAAAAAUCACCAACCAGAUGUUCCAAAAACAUCGAAAAAGUUAUGGUACCACGGCACCCUGAACAGGGAGGAAGCUGUGAAGACAUUGGAGGAAUACUGCAAACAUCACAAGGUUGAGGGCAAGGCUUCCGAUGGUGUCUUCCUCGUACGUUACAGCGAGAGACAUACCGGAGCUUACGUGCUGACGAUGCUUAGUGAAAAUACACCUUAUAAUUUUAUUAUUAGGAAAGAGGCAAGCUGGUUGUUUAUUGACGACGGUCCUUAUCUAGAAUCUCUAGAGCGACUGAUCGAGCACUACAGUACUGUGCCCGAUGGUCUGCCUACCCGCCUUACCACCGCAGUGCCGCCCAAACCCAAACCACCUCUACCUGAAUUCUCCACAAUGCCACGAACGAAGAAGUUAGCGUCGAGCCGGGCCGCCAUGUCCAACCAGUCGCUGUCUCUAGUGAAGCACGACAUACUGAGCGACAAGCAGAUGUCGGCCCAGACGUCCCCGCCCACCUCCAUACAGUCCAACAACAACAUGUUCGAACUACUCACAAGGAACUUGUCAUUUUCGUCUGACUUUAACAAUGAUAGUAUUAAUAACAACGAUGAUUCGUUAGAUGACAAUGACACAAUUUAUCCCAAUGAGCGAGCUAACACUGGGCGCGGUGCUGGGCGAGGGAGAGUUUGGUUCAGUACUGCGUGCGACGUACAGUCCGGGCGACCAGCCGCCGCAGCCCGUCGCAGUGAAGACGUUACACAUGCAACACACAGACACCAACAAGAAGGAGUUCCUCUCUGAAGCCAAGGUCAUGAUGUCCGUACGACACCGCUGCAUUGUCAGACUCAUUGGAGUCUCCUUGGGCCCACCAUUAGCAAUGAUACAAGAGUUGGUGCCUUUGGGCUCUCUACUAGAAUACCUUGUGCGACACCCAGACAAAGCGUCGCCGGGAUAUGAACUGCGACUAUGGGCGUGCCAAGUGGCGGCCGGUAUGCGGUACUUAGAGAGACGUCGUUUUGUACACCGCGACUUAGCUGCGAGGAACAUUCUGCUGGCCAGCAGACAUCAAGCAAAAAUAAGCGACUUUGGUCUAUCGAGAGCUCUUUCGACGGACAGUUCGUACUACAAAGCGAGUCGCGGUGGUAAAUGGCCCAUUAAAUGGUAUGCGCCGGAGUCGUACAACUACGGCACGUUCAGCCACGCCAGCGAUGUAUGGAGCUACGGUAUCACGCUCUGGGAGAUGUUCUCCUACGGGAAGCAACCUUAUGGAGACAUGAGAGGCAUUGAGGCUAUACAAAUAGUGGAAAGCGGGAAACGUUUGGAAAGACCAAAGGAUUGUCCUGAUGAAAUAUACCAAGUGAUGCUCGACUGCUGGGCGUAUAACCCAGACGUGAGGCCCAGUUUCAGUCAACUAGUCGACGUGUUCUCACAGCACCCUGACUACGUCAACAUCAGCCAACUAGCGCUGGAGAACGAAGAUGCUAAUGUUUAAGAAGCACUCUAAUGAAAUGUAGGUAUUUAAUUUAUGUUAAUUUUAGUGUACAGACAGACAUGUUAAGCUACUUCAAGCUGCCAAUUUUACGACCCGAUUUUUCUAGGGCACCCUACCAAUAAACUAUUAUCUUACUUUUGUUCUUUCGCCUAAACCAGUAUUUGCAUAUUACGGCACCUUUUAUGCUACUGUUUCAUUUAUUGGUUAACCAUGAAUAUAGCGUAUCUUUUUUCCACUUCCUCGUCAAUUUUACCGUUGUUGUUAAUAAUCAUCGACGUUAUUGCAAAAAAUUAAAGUUGAAAAUCUCCUAGACAGUAUGGAGUAGCUUGAUAAGUAGGCGUCUGUAUUCUGUACGUAGGUUCACUAGUGUUUAUGUUUAGGGCUAAGAACUAUGUUUCAGACGAAAAUCUUGGCGGAAAACCUGGAGUUUCUUAUUUGUUUUGUCAAUUUUUUAUUUAAGUAUACUUAGGACCGUCACAGUGUUUUAACAGUUGUUUU